UCCGUCCCUGGGCUUUCUGCUCCUUUCUCGUUUCACGCGACUGUAAAUGGGGCCGCGAGGACUCCGGUCCUCGAUGUGUUCCCGCUAAUUCCCGGACGCGAUCCACCCCACGCCUGCAGAAAUGAAGUACAAGAAUCUUAUGGCCAGAGCCUUGUACGACAAUGUCCCAGAAUGUGCUGAGGAGCUGGCCUUCCGCAAGGGAGACAUCUUGACUGUGAUCGAGCAAAACACUGGAGGCCUGGAGGGAUGGUGGCUCUGCUCCUUGCAUGGUCGGCAAGGCAUCGUUCCUGGCAACCGUGUCAAGCUUCUGGUCGGGCCAGUGCAGGAGAGCCCUUCGAAUCACGACCAGCCCUCCCCCAGAUUGGUGCAUCCCGCCUUUGGCCAGCAGAAACUCUAUCAAGUGCCAAACUCCCAGGCAAACCUCCAGGAUGGAGUCUACCAAGUGCCGCCUUCCUCCUUUCAGACUCAGGGAAUUUAUCAGGUGCCCACGGGUCACGGCGUCCAGGAGCAAGACGCGUACCAGGUUCCACCUUCGGCUCAGAGGUCCAUGGGGGGCCUGAGCGGUCCCAAUCUAAGUAAAAAGGUGAUAACGCCAGUCAGAAUGGGUUACGGGUAUGAAUUCCCUUCCAAAUACCAGAAAGACACCUAUGAUAUCCCACCAUCCCAUCCUCACCAGGGGGUAUACGAUAUCCCUCCUACAGCCCUGAAAAAUCCCAUGUUUUCCGUUUCGGUAGAAGAAACAAAACCCCACGGGGUAUAUGAUAUUCCUUCGGCCAAAGGGAUCUACGCCAUUCCACCAUCCGCGUUCAGAGAUGACACGGGGUUACGGGAAAAGGAAUAUGAUUUUCCACCUCCGACGAGACACCACCUCAGGCCAGAAGCCAGGCCAGAGGGAGUUUAUGAUAUCCCUCCACCGAGCACCAAGGUGGCGGGAAAGGAUCCCCCCGCCAAAUACUCCUGUGACAUGACAGGGCCGGGGGAUUUAACCCCCAGGAGAACCCAGGGUCUCUAUGACAUUCCCCCGAGCCACCAGCAUCCCCAGGCUGGGCAGCCCAUGGUCCCUCAGAAUGACGCAUAUGACAUCCCCCGCGGAGCUCAGUUCCUCGAGCCCCAGAAAGAGACCCACGACAGGGCACCUCCCGAAGAAAGAGACGGGGUGUAUGACAUCCCUCCCCAGGCCCCGCAGGACACUAAAGGGUCCCAGGAUGUGACCGACGGAAUCAACCGGCUGUCCUUCUCCAGCACGGGCAGCACCAGGAGCAACAUGUCUACUUCUUCCACGACGUCUAAGGAGUCCCUGGUCUCGGCCUCCCCCUCUCCGGACAAAAAGCUGUUGCUGCUGGACCCUGACACGGCCAUCGAGAGACUGUAUCGGCUCCAGCAGGCAUCGGACACCGUCGUUUCCAACCUAAUGGCCCUGGUGACCGCCGACUGGCGCUCUUAUGGGUACAUGGAGAGGCACGUCAACGAAAUCCGCUCGGCCAUGGAGAAGGUGGAACAGUCCCUGAAAGACUACCUCUGUUUCGCCAAGGGCGCCGUGACGAAUGCAUCCUGCCUCUCAGAACUCACCCUCCACCACAGGAUGAAGCGGGAGCUGCAGAGGCUGGAAGACUCGCACCAGAUUCUGGCCCAUACGAGCCAGGAGCUCAACGGGUGCAGCUGGUCCCUGAACGUCCUGGCUGUCAACAAGGCCCAAGGCAAAUGCGACAACCUGGACCGGUUCAUCAUGGUGGCCAGGACGGUGCCCGACGAUGCCAAGCAGCUCACGGCCAGCAUCAGCACCAACGCAGAGGUGCUCUUCAGGCCGGGAUCGGGCCUGCGUUUGAAGAACGGGACCGAGAGCAUCGUGAGUGCGGCUGACUACCCCCACAAUGGCCCCCAGGCCCAGACGCCGCACCCUGGAGAAGGCAAGGGACCGACAUCCUUCAGGCCGUUGCCUUCCGGCCUGGGCAGAGACCACCACCCUGACUGUAACAGCAGCGAUGGCUCCGAGCGCAGCUGGAUGGAUGACUAUGAUUACGUCCAUCUGCAGGGAAAGGAGGAGUUUGAAAGGCAACAGAGAGAGCUCUUGGAAAAAGAAAACAUCAUCAAACAGAACAAAAUGCAGCUGGAACAUCAUCAGCUCAAUCAGUUCCAGUUACUGGAGCAGGAAAUUACCAAGCCAGUGGAGAACGACAUCUCGAAGUGGAAACCCUCGCAGAACCUUCCGGCCACCAACAGCAUCGUCAGCUCUCAGGACAGGCAGCUGCUCUACUUCUAUUUCGAUCAGUGCGAGACCCAUUACAUUUCCCUGCUCAACGCCAUCGACGCUUUCUUCAAUUGCAUCAGCACCGCCCAGCCCCCCCGGAUCUUCGUGGCCCACAGCAAGUUCGUUAUCCUAGGCGCGCACAAACUGGUGUUCAUUGGCGAUACCCUGACGAGGCAAGUGGCCGCGCAGGAGAUCCGCAACAGAGUGAUGAACUCCAGCAACCAGCUGUGCGACCAGCUGAAGAACAUCGUUCGGGCCACCAAGUUGGCCGCCCUCCAUUACCCUAACACGGGAGCGCUGCAGGAAAUGGUUCACCGAGUGACCGACCUUUCUAGAAAUGCCCAACUGUUCAAGCACUCUUUGAUAGAACUGGCCACUCUCUGAGGGGAUGGGGGAGAACGGACCCUGGGACUCAAGUGUACAACUGGAAAUACUGUCUCGGCGAUGUAAAGGUUUCAUCUAUUUUUCUGUAGAUAACUGUAUUUUAUAUGAGAUAUUUUAAAGGCAUUCAAGGAGUAAAGACACAAUGAGAAAUCAGGGAGUUGACGGGGGAAAUCUUUUUCACUGUUAUAUUCUUAUAUAUUCGUAUGCAUAGCUAAGAUAUAUACCAAUUGUACAUAAAUAUAACAGUGUGCCUUUGUAUGUAUAUGUGUAUGUCGAUACAUUCCAGAAAAAAAAAAAUCAUGAAUUAAAAAGCACCUUAGCCUGCACCCAAAUAUGGGGCAUCUUUGUAAAUAGCCCUUUUUUCAUGACAGUGUCCUUACUGCCCAUUCUGGAGGGUUGGAUCGUCCACUUAACUCUACUGCCUAAUUAUUGCUGUAGAUAGGUCUCUUUCCAGAACUUCUUCGAAUCCUCUUACAGCAAUGAACUAUCCCCUUGACAUAGUCUCUUCCAUUCAGAGAAAGGCAUGCUGGAAUCUUAAAUAGAAUUUUAAUAGAAAAGUGUCACAUCACUGGGGAGGUGGUAACUGUAUAAGGAAGACCGUGACUUGUUUGGUGGAGGAAGAGGGGAAAAGCAUUGUCUACGAAUUAGGAGGAGAGCCUCUAAACUGGGAAGAAAUCAGAACAGAGUUAAUCCCAUAUUCCUCCGGCUGCUCGGUCUUUUGUUUUUCUAAGUAAUGUAGCUUGAGGAUUUCCAGAGGAGAAUUUUAGGUGGCAUAAAUAUUAUUCUUUAGGUGGCAUAAAAUAUUAUGUUUAAAGACACGUCCCCCAGUAAAUUGCCUUUAGAGAAGGCAACCCUCCACCUGCCACAUGGCAUCAGGGAACAUCGGACUAGCACAUUUACUUCCAUCAGCCAAGGACUGGGUGCUACUACUGACAAAAAAAGUCUUCAGUGGGUUCUGCUAGAGUUUAGGGUGCUGACCCUAAAACAGGAACCCUUGCCCCCUCCCGAAACAAGCACAUCAUCAGCACGACCACUAUUGGAAUUUGUGGCCUAGAGCAAGUAUCAGAUUUUCACUUCCAAGCCCGCUUCUCAGGCACCCCUCAGUCGACGGCUAUUCAUUGUAGCAGCUGAGACUCACAGGUGACAGUUCAUACAACUUCAGACUUGAAUGUGCUUGUAGGUGAUUUUACAGCCCAGGUCUCCUGCCACAAGUUUUGGCAGAUUUACAUUGGGGAUUGCAAUGCUUUCCUACCAGAUUACUGGUAAAUAUAGUCUACUCUAUAUUACCGAGUCAGGAAGUAUUUCAAUCAGACCCUCAUUUCAAUCAAUCAUAUUUAUUGAGCGCUUACUGUGUGCAGAACACUGUAAAAAGCGCUUGGAAGAGUACAAUGCAACAGAGUUGCUUUGAUACCUUGAUUCUAUUCUGUGUUGAAUCGCUGCCUUUCUUCAGCAAACUUAUUUAUCUUUGACAUUCAAACUGUAUGAGGCACAAAUAGUGUUAAGAAAGCAUUCUGGAGUCUCAAAGUGAUGACUUAUUACUGAAAUUUCUCAUAAAGGUGCCACCAAAAGGUACAUCUGUGACCAUUUAUAAAGGUCUGUUUGGCCAGAAGGAGACAGAAAAUGAAGAUUCUCCGAAGAAAAUAGAAUGGCCCAAAUCAACAAUAAACUUGACCUGAACUUGGGUACAGAUGCAUUUUUUUGGGAUUGUGUUCUUGUGGUUUAUAGUUGGUGUAUUUCUUAGGCAAUGACAGAGUUGUUCUAAAAUUAUGUGGGGACAUUUCAAAACCAAAACUGGGAUGUUAAAUCCAUAUUAUUGUUUUUGUUGUAUUCUUUGUAAAGAAUAUUUUUCAAUCAUUAAAUUUUGCAGCUUUUUAAAAUA